GAGGUGGAAGCGCUGAAAGUGGGGUUAUGGUCCCGGGAUCUGGCGCGGGUGGCCUCCGGGGACGUUCGUGCGGUUGCUUAGCUACAGCCUCGCCUCAGCUCUGCGGGGCCCGGUUGCUUAACAACAGACUCUGAGCUCUGCCAAACCGGCGCCCGGUUACUUAGCUUGGCCAAGUUUCCGCUCUGCCAACGGGGCGGCCGAUUGCUUAGCAACAGCGUCCCUCCAGCUGGGCCUACUCCGUGCCGCAAUGCUUAACAGGAUCUCUGCAAAGCCGGCGCAUCGUUGCUUAGCAACAGCCACGCCUCAAGUCUGUGGCCCCACGCCCGGUUGCUUAGCAACAGAAUCUGAGCUCUGCAAAGUCUGCGGCCCUUUGUUUAGCAACAGCGAAGCCUCAGCUCUGUCCACGCCUGACCGGCUUUUCCUGGUGGAAUCCAACCUCAGCCCCCGAGAAACUUUCGGUUUCUUUCAGGGGGGGUGGGGGAAUCCGCUGGAAAUGAGCACAGUGCCCGGCAUGCAUACGCAGUGCACACAGGGCAGGGGCGGAACUUCCGGUUUUGUGCCGGGGUUAGUCAUGGCCGAGGCGUCCCGCGCAUGCGCACACAAGUGCCCGCCGCGCGUACGUGGAGGCGGGGCGCAAACGUGGCAGCUUUGGCGGGAGGUGAAGCCACGGAUUCCUUUCUUUCUCCCUGUUUUAUUUUUAGAUUCGUUUAUUUACUUAGGAGACGACCGUGUACCCGGCUGGAGACAGGAGCCCCUGAAAUUCUAGAAAAAUCCCCGUGUAUCGCUGCUCGAAUUUUCCACGGAGCCAAAGCUGGCUGAGAAGCUGUUUGCAAAAAUCGACAGAAAAAUACUGAGGCCUUUGGAACCUUCUACGGGGAAUAAAGAGGAUAGAGGGACGCCAUGUUGACCCCCAGACCGGCCUGGGGCCUCCGGAUUCUCGCCCUGGGACUGAUACUACUGCUGCUGCAUCCCCAGCCCUCUGCUUCUGGCCCCAGGCCCAACUUCCUCCUCCUGCUGGCCGACGACCUGGGCAUCGGGGACCUGGGCUGCUAUGGGAACAAGACCCUCAGGACCCCGAAUAUCGACCGCCUGGCACAGGAGGGGGUGCGGCUGAGCCAGCACCUGGCUGCAGCCUCCGUGUGCACGCCCAGCCGUGCUGCCUUCCUCACGGGCAGGUACCCGGUGCGCUCCGGCAUGGCUUCCAGCACCGGGGAUCGGGUAUUACAAGCCACAGGGGUCUCCGGGGGGCUUCCGGCCAACGAGACGACGUUCGCAAAAAUCCUGAAGGAGCGCGGCUAUGCGACAGGAAUAAUCGGAAAAUGGCACCUGGGCCUGAACUGCGCAUCAUCCCAAGAUCACUGCCACCACCCGCUGCACCAUGGCUUUGACAGCUUCUACGGGACACCGCUAAGCCUCAUGGGAGACUGCACGCGCUUUGAGCUCUCAGAGAAGCGGGCAGGGCUGGAGCGUGCCCUGGGGUUGUGCGCAGGUGCAGCUGCUGCAGCCGCCAUUGCAAUGGCGGUGGGGAGGCUCAUGGGGCUGGCACAUGGGACCUGGGCUCCAGUGAUCCUCUGUGUGGCCAGCGCCGGGGUUCUCGGUUCCCUCGGGCGUGCGAUGGGGCCGCUGGUGCAGCUUGCAGACUGCGUGCUUAUGCGGGGCCAGGAGAUCGUGGAGCAGCCGCUGGACCUUGCCCGUGCCGCUGCCCGGGUGCUCCGGGAAGCCGAGGGCUUCCUGCGCAGCCACAAGACUGGUCCCUUCCUGCUUCUGGUCUCGUUCCUGCACGUGCACACUCCACUUGUCACCACACCCCCGUUCCUGGGGCGCAGCGCACAUGGGCUGUAUGGAGACAAUGUGGAGGAGCUGGACUGGAUGGUGGGCCGCAUUUUGAGCAGGCUGGAGCAGGAAGGGCUAAGUGAGAGGACUCUGGUCUACUUUGCUUCAGAUAACGGGGGCUGGCUGGAGGCGCGCGUGGGCAGCCAGCAGUAUGGCGGCUGGAACGGUGGCUUCAGAGGGGGCAAAGGCAUGGGCGGCUGGGAAGGCGGUAUCCGGGUCCCCGGGAUCCUGCGCUGGCCAGGGGUCCUGCCCCCGGGCCAUGUAGUACCAGAGCCUACAAGCCUGAUGGACGUGUUUCCCACUGUGGUGAAGCUGGCGGGAGGCGCGCUCCCGCAGGACAGGGUGAUUGAUGGGCGGGACCUGAUGCCACUGCUGCUGGGGGCGGAGCCUCACGGGGGCCAUGAGUUCCUGAUGCACUACUGCGAGACGCACGUGCACGCGGUGCGCUGGCACCAGCGAGAGCGAGGAACCACGUGGAAGGUUCACUUCACAACUCCGGAGUUCGAGACCCCAGGCGCCGGUGCCUGCUACGGCCGGGCCGUGUGCGACUGCACGGGGUCCCAGGCCACUGAAUGCUCCAUGAUCUCCAGCCACACACUGGCCUCUCAAAUUCCUGAGGAGGUGAUAAUGGAACGAACCAAAGUCUUCACUAACCAGGCAGUCAACCAGAUGCUUCUAUAGGGAUAUACUUAGCUCUCCAUCCAGGAGACAGAGGCUUGUGACAUCACUCCAUGCAAGCAGAGAGUAAUCCAUCACCCCAUGUCAACAGGAAGUAACUCUAAAGACAGAUAAUCAUUUCUCCACCCCUCCUGGACUUUUGGGGCUGAUGUAAUCCUAUACAAUACUUGCUAAAACAAAAGGGAGGAAUGUUAGUAAAAAUGGCACAGUCUGUGGCACCAUCUAGGCCCCAGACAUCAUCUUAGGCUCUAGCCCCACUGCCAUUGCUGGAAAUCUGGUGACUAGAUGGCCCAACCACAGGUGUCAGCUCCACCCCCACCCUAAUAGGAUUCACUGCUCCUAUUUCCCUGUCCACUCCCUGGUAAAGGUUUAACAGGAGCUGUUCCCGGAACAUGUGCUCUCUCUUAUUCUCUCUUACCCUUUUUUACUCUCUUGCCCUCUCCACCUGGCCUGUUGGGCUUCCCUCACCUGACAAUAAACCUUUCCUCUGACUCUGGUGUUUGGUGUGUUUUGUGGAGGCCUUACACAUGGUUCUGUGGUGAUCCUCAUAUGAUCAAGGUUCACACCAGUACAGUGGAUCAGACUCUGGAUAGGCCUUGGUUUCUGUGGUGUGUCCUCUCUAGGAAACCUCAGGAGAAUGAGAGACAUCUCACUGACCCGCUAUAGGCAGAAGAAAACUUUGGGAACUCCCUGAGCUUGUCCUCACCUGGUAAAUAGGUAACACUCUCUGCACAUUCCACCUUGCCUCACUGGAAUCCUAUCUUCUCAGCAGGGCUCAAGGCAUCCUAUAGACACCAGGGAGAGGUGGCUGAGUAUAGGUAACUGUGUCUGCUGGCUCACUGUGAGCCAGUGAUGUGAGGCUCUCACAGCCAAGGGCUUGAAUAUUUCUAGAAGGAAAAGGCACCCAUGGCAGACCUUUAGGACACUGAAAAUUCACUUCCCACUCAGACCUUGACCCAAAGCUCAAGCCAGGAAGACAAUUGGAGAACUCAGUAUCGCGAGUGCCUACUGUCACACAGCUCGAUGGUAGCAAGUGUGAUAUACAACUUGUCAGUCAUGGGGAAGAAAGGAAUACAUGGACACAAAACUGUCUUUCCAAUGAGAGAUUUUAUUGCUUAUCACCAGGGUUUUUUUUUUUUUUUUUUUUUAUCACACUACUCAUCAGCAUGCUCAUUGAGGUCAAUACACUUAUCAGUAUCAAUAUACUUACCAAUCUAUACUAAUUAAUACACUUAUCAAUAAACUUAGCACCACUACUUAAUCACGGCUUAACUACUUAGCUACUUAGCUUAACGUAACUACUUAGCUUAACUACUUAGCUAAAUCACCUAACUUAACAUAAUUACUUAACACACUUAUCAAUAUCACUAAUAUCACUAUCAAUAAUAUCAAUAUCAUUUAUCAUAACUUAUAGCUAACUUAACACACUUACUGAAUUAUUUAGCUUAACAUAACUACUUAUCUUUUUUUUAAAAGAUUUAUUUAUUUGAAAGAAUUACACAGAGAGAUGAGAGGCAGAGAGAGAGAGAGUCUUCCAUCCGAUGGUUCACUCCACAGACCACAACAGCCAGAGAUGCACCGAUCUGAAGCCAGGAGCCAGGAGCUUCUUCCAGGUCUCCCACAUAGGUGCAGGGGCCCAAGGACUUGGGCCAUCCUCCACUGCUUUCCCAGGCCAGAGCAAAGAGCUGGACAGGAAGUGGAGCAGCUGAGUCUUGAACCGGUGCCCAUAUGGGAUGCUGGCACUUCAGACCAGGGCGUUAACCCACUGCACCACAGCACCAGCCCAACAUAACUACUUAUCUUAAUAUAUAUACCUAAUCUUAACAAUAUCACUUACUGGCCAGAAAAUCAAUAUUCUUAUACCAUAAGUCACAACAAACACUAUUAAAAUAAUCUUAAGUGCUAUCACAAUGAACAAUACAAGGACAACAAAAGAUUCAAUACACAACAUUGGUUUGCUACGUAUCUAGGCUCACAUCACUGUCACGAAUGUGUUUCUCCUGCAGGGAGUGUCCAGUGUCCAGAGUUCAAUGUCCCAGCAGGGACAGAACUCGGAUCAGUCACUUACAGGCAGGAAGUUGUGGGAAGGCUGUCACUCUGGGCAGUAGGCUCAAAGUUACCAGGCAGAUGGCCAGGCAAGAAGUUGAAGAGGUCCCCUGCUAAGAGACCUGGUCCGGCUUUGUGGUCAGGUCUGGCACUAGGCUGAUAAGGACUCCAGGCAAGGUGGUGAGGUGGCAUCUCGGCUGGAGUUUUGAUCCCAUAGUCGUCUUGUGUCGCUUAGCAAGGGGGCUAGCGAGCUGGCGCUUCAGCUCCAACUGUGAGGAGAUCCAGAGGUUCGUUCGCACUGGGCCAUGAACACACACACACUCAUACAGUGGGGUUACAACUCAGGGACAGCUCUGCAGGUCAGCUUGUGCCACUACCUGCUCCAUGCAUAGUGGGCUGCCUCUUCAGCUCCAGAUAUGUGGAGAUCCAGAGGUUCACACAACACCAGACCUUGAUCUCUGAGAGGAUGGAGAGUGGUGCAAGAGCUCCCUUUCAUUUUCUGGCAGUACUCCAGCUUGCCAUCCUCCAACUUGUCCAAUCAAUGCCGUUUCCUCCUUGCUUGCAGUUGAACAGUCCAGUCAAUACUGUUCCCACUUAUUUAUGUUUGAAUGGUUCAGUCAGCAUGGGUAGGAGGGUAUUGUCCAUAGAACACUGUUAUCUGACUGACCAGAGAUGUCUGCUUGGUAUGAUUAGGAGUGUCUCCCUAAUAGCCAUUAGGCAUUACCUCAGCUCCUGAUUAUAACUCCACUUUACUUUUAUUUUGUGGCUAGUGGUAACUUUUAUUAACUCAAUGUUUUACUGUGGAGUUUCCACAGUUCAUCUGCUUUCCAGGUAAGCAGUGAUCCAUGACUCUUUUUUAGAUUCCUGUGGGAUUCUCCACACUCAGCCUUAAGAAAAUUACUCUCUAGAAUUUUAAAAGGACUUUCUUAAUUCAGAACCUAGUCUCUGACCUUGGGACUUCCAGCUGGAUCCCUGGAACUCUCAAAUGAUGAAAUUCAAACUGGCAUGGAAUUGGCAUCAUUUUUUCAUAUCAUAAGAUACAUUAUCAAGUUAUAAAACCAAACUUCUGUUGUGUUUAUACAAAAACCUAAAGGGUUAAACUCCACUCCCCUCCUCUCUGCCUGUAGUUUCUUUGGAAAAGAGAGAGAGUUUGAUUUUUUUUUCUUCUCUUUGUUUUGUGAUGUUAAUUCCACCUCUUUGCUGAGAAUAGGGAGGAGAAAGUUCUGUCUCCCAGCCUGGGACAGUGAUACAUAAAGUCUCCUGGAUGUAGAUUGGCAAUCUCUGGUGGAGUUCUCGCCCAUGACACAUCAACCCCUGAGCCAUACUCUUGUGACAUGUAUUGAAGUUUCCUGAGCACAUGUUUGUUUCAGAGAUGGUCCCAAGUACCUGACCGUUCACUAAGUGUUGGCCUGAAGUUCUUGUUAAAGUCUUGUAAAAGACUAGGCUGAAAUCCAAUCUAAAUCAAAGAUAAAUAAUCUUAUCCAUGAGAAUUUGAUUCAACUGUAACUGGAUAUUUGGUUUAAAGGAAUUUCUCUCUUUUGAACCUAGGAAUAUCACUGGCUUAAAUUAAUUGCCUUAUAAUUUGCCAGACUUGUUUUAUGACUUUGGUUUAACAGAUUGGGAUGAAAUAGCAAUGGAUAAUCAGUGCUCAUUAUAACUCCUAAGAUCAAUUUUGCAGUCUCUGGCUUAUGUCACUGAUUUCCAGUUAGAGUUUUUAAAAUAGGAUUAGAAUUCCAUAUAAAUGUAAUCUUGACCUUAAUUCAGAUAAAGGGAUAAUAUAAUAGCAUCUUAAGUCAUCUAGGUGUAAUUACUGAAUGUAAAUUGUGUCAAUGUGAAUGAGAUAAAUGUGUCUAAAUAUAAACUUAAGUACUCUUAGUACCCUAUAUUCUGUGCAAAAAAUUUUGAGUUUGUUAACAAAUAUAUUUUCAUAAACUGUCCAUAUAUGAAAAAUAAUUCAAGAACUGCUUGAAGGUAACUAAGGUUAAAAUGUGAAAAUGUCUUGAUUUGGAGAUUUUUAAAGGAUUAUUUCAAUGUACAUCAAGGAAAUCCGCAGAUGGAAAAGGUUCACGAGUAUAGAAAUGUGUGCUUGGUAAAGAAGGAAAGAGAUUUUUUGAAUAAAGAAAGGGCAUUGUUUGUAACAAUUACUUUAAUCCUGAUGGCUAGUUUAAUCUAGACUGAAAUAGAAAUAUAGAAAGGUUGGUACCAGCACUGUGGCACAGUAGGUUAAUCCUCUGCCUGCAGUGCUGGCAUCCCAUAUGGGUGCUGGUUCAAGUCCCGGCUCCUCCUCUUCCAAUCCUGCUCUCUGCUAUGGCCUGGAAAGCAGAAGAUGGCCCAAGUCCUUGGGCCCCUGCACCCACAUGGGAGACCAGAAGAAGCUCCUGGCUCCUGGCUUCAGAUUGCUGGAGCUCUACCUGUUGUAGCCAUUUGGGGAGUGAACAAGUGGACAAAAGACCUUUCAGUCUCUCCUCUCAUUGUCUGUAACUCUACCUCCCAAAUAAAUAAAUAAAAUAUUUAAAAAAAUGUGUUUAAGUAAAUUGUAGAAGGUGUGAGGAAAUCACAGAAGGUUAUGAAAGAAAGAUUUUUGGAUACAAAGAUAUUAAUCUAUUUUUCUUUAACAUAGAAUUAGAAUCUGAUCCUCUGCUAAAGCAAUGAGAUUUUUGCAAUAUGUAUGUUAGUAAAUAUUUUGAAAUAGUCUUUAAAAUUUGUGUAAAAACUCCAGAAUUUCCUUUUAAGAAUUUUUGUUUAAUUGAUAACUGUCAAUUUUCUAUUCAGCAGUGAGCUCUCUGCUCUUUCCUACUUCUGACUCUGUUAAAAUUGUUUUAAGUUAUAGGAUAUGAUCCUGUCAGGGAACGGGACAGCCUGGCCAGCUGUGCCCCUCUCGACAUGUACAAGCACAAAGAAGUUUAGUGCUGGGCUUUUUCCACCCUGCCCGUUGCUAAUUGCAAGAUCCUGUUUUGACUUUAAGCAUCCUGUUAUUGCAUGUUUCCCACACUUAAUUGGUAACAUGUUUUCCGUGAAUCAUAUAUAAAUAGGUGGACGGUGGGCGGGAGUGAAUGAAUGAACGCUGGUAAAAGGCGGGAGUUAUGAAUGAACGCCGGUAACAUGCGGGAGCUGUGAAUGAACGCCAGUAGUAAGCGGGAGUGGUGAAUGAAGGAGUUGUGAAUGAAUGCCGGUAACAGGGCGGGCGUUCGCGACAUGUAACGCGAGUCUGCUGAAAAAUAAAGUGAAGCUGAAAAGCCGAUAAACGCGUCUGGUGUCUCCGAGGUCUCGCCGGCAUUAACCUAUCCGGAAGGUGUACGCCUGCAUGAUCCCAUAUCCUAUUCACUAGCUCUUUUUUUAAAAAGAUUUAUUUAUUAACUUGAAAGAUUUAUUUCUUAACAGAGUUACACAGAGAGAGAAGGAGAGGCAGAGAGAGAGAGAGAGAGAGAGAGAGAGAGAGAGAAAGUGGUCCUUCACCCACUCACCCGCUGGUUCACUCCCCAGUUGGCGGCAAGUGCAGGAGCUGUGCCAAUCCAAAGCCAGGAGCUAGGAGCUUCCUCUGUGUCUUCCACAUGGGUGCAGGGGCCCAAGGACUUGAGCUAUCUUCUACUGCUUUCCCAGGCCAUAGCAGAGAGCCAGUUUGGAAGUGGAGGAGCCAAGACUUGAACUGACACCAUAUGGGAUGCAGGCACUGCAGGCAGUGGCUUUACCCACUAUGCCAUAGCACUGGCUCCUCACUAACUCUUAAGUUUAAGGUUUUGUUUCUGAUUUUUUGGGAUGACCAAAGAGACACAGAUUUUGUGUUUUUUGAAGUAAGCUAUUGUGUUCUCUACUGUCUGUUAAGUUCUGAUUGAAUAAGAACAACUGAAUUUUAAAAGGGUUAUGGUUUGUUUGAAUAUAUACUCAUUCUAAAGCAUUUGAGUAAUCAUUUUGUACCAGUAGUCAAAUCUGGUCUAUGUUAUGUCAUGAUGUUAAGGGAUCCUGUUUCUACCAGAUAUUUUAAACCUUCUUAGCAUCUUUGACAAGCAUUCAAGACAUCAAAGUUCCAAAUCCUUUGGACUUGAUAUUUCCAGCUGGGAUCCUGUCAAAAGAUGUGUUUCUCAUCUUGUGGAUACACCAACUAAAUAACGUACUUUUAUAAUGUGAAGUGGUGCUAAAAUUAAGUAAUGAUAAUAUGAAAUGCUACUAAUACAAGUGAUCAAAACUUAGAAAAGUCUAAUGAUCUUGUGUCUUUAUCAGACAUGAUGGUUAUCUUAAUGAGAAAGGCCCAGAAGCCUAAAAGGGAUAAAUAUUUUAUAAAAUUCUACAGGUGCUUUCAAAAAUAUUGUAUGGAGUAAGUGCCUCUCCUUGUUGGUUAAUGAGUUUAUAAUUUUAAAGAUAACUAUUUAAAGUGUUUUGUCCUCUACAAUUUGUAUUCUCCUCCAAACACUAAAAAUAAGAUUCACUGCUCAUAGAAACUAAAACACUGUUAGUUCUGUGUUUAAAUGUAUCCUCUUUUAGGUUCCAAACACCUCUGUUGUAUUCAGUACUUUGGGAUGGCUCAACAAACAGAUAAAACCAAAGUUUAACAGAUUUCAACUGAGAAAAUCUAAAGUUAAUUCAGAUUACUAAGAGGAGGAAGUAAUUCAAAUGACUUGGAAUUUUUGAAAGGAUCAAAUAUUUUAAAAAGCCAUUACUGAAACUGCUUUAUUGUUCUAUCCUGUAAUGUAUAUUAUGUGUUAUGUAUGUAUUUUAUGUCCUUAUGAAAAAUUUAUUAACUGUUUUAAUUGGUUUGUUGAUUAAAAAAAACUGCUCAUAUAACUUUAAAGUGCUACAUUAACCUAAAAUACAUUUUUGGUUCACAUGACUUAGAUAAAUCUCUGUGUCAGAUGCUUUAAAUUUGUUGGUAGAAAGAAACUAAAAAUGUUUCAUUGACAUGUUUGUGCUUGGGUUUGCUGGUAAAAUGAGUUACAUUAGAGGGGCUGGCACUGUGAUGUAGUAGGUAAAGCCGUCGCCUGCAGUGCCGGCAGCCCGUAUGGGCACCACUUCGAGUAUUGGCUACUCUUCUUCCAAUCUAGCUCUCUGCUAUGGCCUGGGAAAGCACUAGAAGAUGGCCCAAGUCCUUGGGCCGCUGCACCCACGUGAGAGACCCAGAAGGCACUCCUGGCUCCUGGCUUCAGAUUAGCACAGUUACGGCUAUUGUGGCAAUUUGGAGAGUGAACCAGCGAUGGAAGAGAUCUCUUUCUCUCUCUCUCUCUGCCUCUCCUUCUCUCUCUGUGUAACUCUGUGUUUCCAAUAAUAAAAAUAAAUCUUUAAAAAAAACA